UCGACUCCAGAGAGGGAUGCAUGGCCUUGCCCCGGAUCCCGUCCAUUGCUGCUGGGCCCCAUGUGGUGGCAGCUGCCCCCAGCAGGGAUCCCCCCCACAGUCAGAGGGGAGGGCAAGAGAGGAAGAAGAGGAAGAGGAACUUGUACAGCAGGAAUCAGCUGCACAUCCUGGAGUCCUUCUUCCGUCGAGAGAAAUAUCCCAACCUGCCUGAGGCUGAAAUGCUGUCGGGGAUGACGGGACUCACCUAUCAACAGAUCCGGAUUUGGUUCCAGAAUAGAAGGGGGAAGCACCGGAGACUUUACACUGGAGACGGGACACCUGGGAGCAGUCUCUGUACCCUGCAGACCCAGUGCUGUGCACACUCCUGCAAUGAUCCUUUCUCCCUGUUUCAUUGGCCAGCACUUCCUGGAUCCCCAGGACCUGAUCCAGGGAUGCAGUGGGCUCUGCAGGGACCAGAAAGUUCUGCCUUUGACUCCAGAAUUAACCUGCCUCCCCUCCCACCCCCCUCCACGCCUACGGAUUUCCAAGCCUGCAACACAUGGGCCCCACAGACCAGCAUAGGAACCUCUCCCACUGCUGUGCACCCUGUGACCAUCAACUCCAGCUUCCUCCACUUCUCUCAGAUUCAGUCCAUGGAGUCUCUGGAGCUGUCACAGUUGAUCAAUGCCGGUGACUCUCUGCUCUCUUCAUUCUGUAUGGAUUCCCAAGGGAAUUCACAGUGGGGGCCCAACCAUGGGGAUAGCCAGCCCUGGUGACACAGAGGGAAUAACUUCAGCCCCUUUGUCUGGACUCCCCACUGGCUGUUUCCCAGCCUGAGUCACGGAGUUCUCAGGCUCCUCCACUCCCGAGGAAUAUCUGACACUCUUCACUAGUGAGACCACCAAGACUUCUUCAGACUGGAAGAUGAGAUCCGGACAGAGGGAGAGGGACAGAGAUGUGGUUUCAGGGUUUGUGCAAUGCUAU